AUGACCCAACAAAUGCAAGAACACUCCAUGGCAUUGAGCAUUCCGCGCAGCCGUAGCCGGCUCGGGGAGCUUAUGGUAGCCGAUACCCUUGUUGCUGCAGGUUCAGCAACCCUUGUAACGCCCGCCGUGAUGAUCUUUGACAGACUUGUCGUCGAAAAAUCCUUUUACAAUCAGCCUCUUCUCCCUGCAUUUCGCAAGCAUUUAUGGUUCUCCAUUACACAGCCAGCUACUUUCUUAACAUCUCGUCCCAGCCUUCUGGUCUGGUCCCUCUAUACUGCAACUUUCGCAACGGCAAACGUUUCCGAGACCCUUUUGCAUAAAGUCUAUCCCAAGAUCGACGCUGCCAUCGCCGGUAUGACCACAUUUGCAUCAACCUUCAUCGUCAACUCCUCCGUGGGUAUCUGGAAAGAUGUCAAAUUCGCCCAACUCUUCGGCCACAAUAAUAACAAUUUAUCAACCUCUACAACUCCCUCUCCUUCAUCAGCAUCAGCAUCAGCAUCACAUACCAACUCUGCACCACCACCACCACCCCUCAAAACCGUCCGUUCAAUCGGCCGUACCCGCAUUCCUUUAGCAACAUACUCUGCCUUCCUCCUCCGAGAUGGCCUGACCAUCUUCGGCUCCUUCAGCCUUCCAGCAAUGGUUUCAAACACUAUUCCCGACUCUAUCGCUUCUCAGGAAUAUCUCAAGAUCCUGAUCGCUCAACUUGCCAUCCCCGCCUCUAUCCAACUGAUUAGUACCCCCAUUCAUCUCUUCGGAUUGGAUGUUUAUAAUAGACCCCAGGUUUUACCGACCAAGGAUCGAAUUUCUCGCAUUAGCCGUGAUUGGAUUGGGGCAUCGCUGCUUCGCAUGUGUCGGAUUAUUCCUGCCUUUGGUAUUGGGGGGUUCCUCAAUACGGAAGGCCGAUUGUAUCUACAUGGCCAGUUGGAUGAGCGUGCUCCUUCCUAA